AUGGGGUUGAGCUUAGGAAGAAAUGGAAGGAGUUUGGCCGAAGCUCCAUGCUGUCGAAGACGCAUCAGUGAUAGGGGGAUUUCACCGGAUGUCGUGACAUAUAAUUCAAUAAUUGAGGGCUUAUGCAAGAUGAGAAGAGUGGAUGAGGCUCAAGACAUUUUAAGGAAGAUGAUAGCUAAUAAGGUCUGCCCAAAUGUGUGGACGUAUAAUAUCUUUGUGGAUGCUUGGUGCAAAGAUGGAAAAGUGGAAGAGGCCGAGUAUACAUUGGUAAAAAUGAAGGAGAUUGAUGUUCAACCCAACAUUGUCACUUAUACUGCAUUGAUCAAUGGAUAUUGUUUACAAGGAAAAAUGGAGGAAGCCGGACGCAUUUUCCAAUUGGCAGUAAAUUCUGGAAUCAAGCCCGAUAUCAUAAGCUACUGUAGCCUGAUGAAUGGGUAUUGCAAAAUCGGGCGAGUCGAUGAAGUUUCACGUCUUUUUACCAAAAUUGGCACUGAAGGGUUAGAGCGCAAUGUUGUUUGUUAUGGAACAAUGCUAGAGGCGCUAUUUCGUGAAGGCAGAUGUGAGGAUGGCUUGAAUUUGUUCAAAGAGAUGCAAGCUCUAGGAUUGUCUCCUGAUGUGAAGACUUACAAUAUCUUGUUGGAUGGUCUGUGUAGUGCUCAUCGUAUCACUGAAGCAUUUUCCAUAUUGCACACUAUGGAAGGUAAAGGCAUCGUUCCAGACAUAGUAACAUUCAAUAUUCUCAUUGAGGGAUUGUGCAACGACAACAAAGUCAGAGAAGCAAAAGAUCUAUUUGACAAGCUUCCAUCCAAAGGUUUGCAGCCUCACGUCAUAACUUAUACAAUCCUUAUCGGUGCACUUUGUGAGGAAGGGCAGAUAGAGGAGGCUAAGGAUUUGAUGAUGCAAAUGGUAAGCAACGGUUGCUUGCCUAAUAGUGUAACAUACAAUGUUUUUGUUCGAGGUCUUCUCAAAAUGAACAAGAUGCUUGAUGCAAUGCCACUUUUGGAAGAGAUGGAUUCAAGGGGAUUUACACUUGACAAAACUGCAUAUUCGAUGUUGAUUGAACAUGUUAAAAUGGAAGGUAGAAAUAGUGUUCUGGUUGAUAAGGUUAAGAAACUUUUACCGAAGGACUUCUAUUCUAGUUAGGUUUUAUGUUGUGUUUGUCGGUUAAGAAUUAUUGCAAUAGAGCUUAAGGGGAAAGUACAUUUGCUUAUUUGUUUAUUUAAUCUUUAUGUUAUGAUGAUUUAAAAUGUUUCAAUUUUGUAGUUG